AACCCCGUCAAGAACUCCAGAAAAUGCAGAAAAGCAAAGCAAAGAAGAUAAUAUAAUGAGUGUGUGAUACAACAACGCAGUAGUAGAGGGAGCUUCCUCCACCAACUCCUCUCUCUCGCCGCUUAAACAUGAAUCUUCGAAUUUCAAACACAAACACCAUCGAUUUACUUCAGCUUUCUAAACCUUUCUUCCCUCCUAAAACCCUUUUCCCCCAUUCCUUACCUCAACGCCUUCUUCUCAGAACUAGAUUACGCCGUAAACACUCUUCCAUCACUCUCCGCAACCUCACUGUAACUGCUUCUAAUGCUCCCAAUCCUCUUUCAAACUCAGCAACUCUCGCCCAACAAGAGCAACAAGAAGAAGAAGAAGAAGAUGCUGAGUCUGCUCAGCUAUUCGAGAGACUGAAAGAGGCUGAAAGGAAACGGGUGAAUGAAAUGGAAGAGUUUGAGAAGAAGGCAAAUAUGCAGUUAGAGAGGCAGCUUGUGAUGGCUUCUUCAUGGAGCCGAGCUUUGUUGACCUUGCGCGGAAAGCUGAAGGGAACUGAGUGGGAUCCUGAAAACUCACACAGGAUAGACUUCAGCGAGUUUAUGAGACUUCUUGACUCUAAUAAUGUCCAGUUUAUGGAGUACUCCAAUUAUGGCCAAACAAUAUCAGUGAUUCUACCAUACUACAAAAAUGGGAAAACACCAGGGACUGAAGGUAAUCCUAAGGAUAUUGUUUUUCGCCGGCAUGUGGUGGAUCGAAUGCCAAUUGAUUGUUGGAAUGAUGUUUGGAGAAAACUGCAUCAGCAAAUUGUAAAUGUUGAUGUCAUUAAUGUGGAUACUGUACCUUUUGAAGUUUACACAACUGUCGCAACUGCAGUCAUAUGGUCUAUGCGUCUUGCUGUGGCUGUUGGGUUUUACGUGUGGAUUGAUAAUUUGAUGAGACCAAUAUAUUCAAAGUUGAUACCUUGUGAUUUAGGAUCUCCUACCCAGCAAACUAAGCAGCCACUCAAGCGCCAAGCACUUGGAUCGCUGGGCAAAAGUCGGGCUAAAUUUAUAUCUGCAGAAGAAAGAACUGGUGUCACUUUUGAUGAUUUUGCUGGCCAGGAAUAUAUAAAGAGGGAAUUGCAAGAGAUUGUACGAAUUUUAAAGAAUGAUGAGGAGUUUCAAGACAAAGGAAUUUAUUGUCCAAAAGGUGUGCUUCUCCAUGGACCUCCAGGAACGGGUAAAACUCUACUGGCUAAAGCCAUCGCUGGGGAAGCAGGGUUGCCUUUUUUUGCGGCAAAUGGCACAGAUUUUGUAGAGAUGUUUGUAGGGGUUGCUGCAUCACGUGUUAAGGAUCUUUUUGCUAGUGCAAGGUCAUUUUCACCUUCUAUCAUAUUUAUUGAUGAGAUAGAUGCUAUUGGUAGCAAGCGUGGAGGACCUGACAUUGGUGGAGGAGGUGCUGAACGGGAACAAGGCUUACUUCAGAUACUUACUGAGUUGGAUGGAUUCAAAGUUUCUACAGCACAGGUGCUUGUGAUCGGUGCUACAAAUAGAUUAGACAUUCUUGAUCCCGCUUUGUUGAGAAAGGGUCGUUUUGACAAGAUCAUUCGAGUUGGUUUGCCAUCAAAGGAUGGAAGAUUUGCCAUUUUGAAGGUGCAUGCUAGGAAUAAAUUCUUUCGCUCAGAGGAGGAAAAGGAGAUUCUUCUUAGGGAAAUUGCAGAGCUUACCGAAGAUUUUACUGGAGCAGAGCUACAAAAUAUACUGAAUGAAGCUGGAAUUUUGACAGCCAGGAAGGAUUUGGAUUACAUUGGGCGAGAUGAGCUACUGGAGGCAUUAAAGAGGCAAAAAGGAACUUUUGAAACAGGGCAAGAGGAUAGUGCUGAAAUUCCUGAAGAAUUGAAGCUUAGACUGGCAUACAGAGAAGCGGCAGUUGCUAUUCUUGCAUGUUAUUAUCCUGAACCACACCGCCCUUUUGUUGAGACUAAUAUAAACUCAAUCCAGAGCCGGCCAAAUAUGAGUUAUUCUGAGACUGCUGGCCAAGUUUUUGCGAGGAAGUCAGAUUAUGUAAAUUCUAUUAUCCGUGCAUGUGCUCCAAGAAUAAUUGAGGAGGAGAUGUUUGGAAUUGACAACUUAUGUUGGAUCUCUGCAAAGUCAACGUUAGAAGCUUCAAGGCGUGCUGAGUUUUUAAUUUUACAGACAGGAAUGACAGCAUUUGGGAAAGCAUACUUCAAAAACGAAAGUGAUCUUGUACCUAAUCUUGCAAUGAAGCUUGAAGCGCUCCGAGAUGAGUAUAUGCGUUAUGCUACAGAAAGGUGUUCAUCCGUGCUCAGAGAAUACCAGGAAGCAGUUGAGACAAUCACAGAUAUUUUGCUUGAAAAGGGGCAAAUCAAAGCUGAGGAGAUAUGGCACAUUUAUAAGAGUGCUCCUCGUCUAACUCAGCCUCCUGUGAGUCCAGUUGAUGAAUAUGGAGCACUGAUUUAUGCUGGACGAUGGGGAAUCCAUGGGAUCAGCCUUCCGGGAAGAGUUACAUUCGCACCUGGCAAUGCCGGGUUUGCGACCUUUGGAGCUCCUCGCCCAACCGAGACACAAAUUGUGAGCGACGAAACUUGGAAGCUAGUAGAUGGUAUAUGGGACAAAAAGAUUCAAGAUAUUAGAGAUGAAUCUACAAAGGUGAUCGAAGAAGAGAAAGAAACGCCACAACUUUUGAUGGCAAGCCAUUUCCUUUGACACCCAGUACUACAGAAACACAUCGUAAUUUAUGAUGUCAGAGAGAUACCUUAUUAUUAAGGCAGUUGUAAAUUUAUGAGUUGAUAUCCAAUUUUGCUGUAGUUUUAUCCAUGUACUCUAUAAUAAAUUAGAGAAGAUUUUUGCACUGUU